CAGCUUGUUCCUUCUGAUAUAUUGAGCCAGGUAAGUAACGAUGGUGAAAUGAUUAACAAAAUGAAAACUGAUGAACAAAACUGCCUGUGUAGUAUCUCAAAAGAACAAUGAGUUCAUUCUCGGAUUAUUGGAUGCACCGCAAACGGUUUAUAUCACAAUACGCCGCUGCUACAUUUAUGACCUAUUUAUUCAAUGUUGGCAAGCGUACACCGCAUAGGUUAAUCGUCUCGAGACAAACUGGUAAUAUAUGGAUGACUGAAUUAUUGCCAGACUGGAGUCGAGAAAAUCCGAUGUUUGCCAAUGAUGAGUCUGUACCGUUCAGAUUCACACCGAACAUUCAAACUUACAUUACCCCUAUUGGGGUUGAAGGAUUGUUUAGCAGCUGCUUGCUCGCAAUCAGUCGGAGCCUUACGGAGACGGAGCUAGGUUUGGGUCAGUACUUGCAUCUUUUUAUCCGAGAUGAAUUGUUGGCUUGGUACGCUUCUAGUCAUAAAACAGCGAUGCAGUCCGAAUUGCUUGAACAUAUACAGACCAACGUAGACGAAGUAAUGUCCAGGGCACAAUUGUUAUGUUGUCAACCGAAUCAUGAAAAGGAUGUUGAUUGUAAUAAGCCAAUCAAUCAAAAUAUAAUUGAACUCAUUUCUCAAGCAAGUAAUCCACAAAACCUGGCGCAAAUGGAAUGUACAUGGAUGCCAUGGCUUUAAGCAACAUUUUUUAUGUACAGAAGACUGAUCAAACGAACUUUAGAAUCCUGUCCAAGGAUUCACCUUUUUAGCCUUACAAAUAUACCCUUAUUCAGAAGUAUACUUCUUCAAGAAAGUAUGCAUAGGAAUUAGUAAAUACUAUUAACAAUUGGAAAGAU